AUGACUUCGCGCGUCGCCGUGGCUUGGUCUAGGCACGAUUUCAAUCUAUCGUCGAAUCGCAACCGCAUGUUGCUUCGGCUGCCUACGGAGUGGCUUGAUUCGGUGCAAACAUUGGAAGCUCACGGGUUUCAUGACCGAUCAAUUCCAUCCGCGCUGUGGACACAGACUCGUUCGUAUUUUGUUUCACAGAAGCCUGUCGUUUCUUCCUGCUCUCGCUUGAUCAGAUCAAUAUCCAUUACCUUCUUUGAAGUCAGUCUGGGACGAUUUCGCUUGUUAGUUAAUCCGUUGCCGUUUCAUUCGUAUACCUCAGUCAUGAAAGUAUCUUCUACUCUGCUUGUUGCCAUUGGCCUGGUUGCCGAUCAAGUCCAAGCGACUUGGAACGUUCGUGCGCAAGCAUUCGAUUGUCCGUCGAACACGAACAACAUCUGUUCGGAUGCCCAAAGCUCCGGGUUUGAUUGGAACGACCUCCAGACUGGCUCGUUCUCCCAAUACCAGGGCUUUGACUUCUCUGGGUUUACUUGCGCCAAUUCCUUCGGCAAGCGUGAUGCCCUAUCCAAGCGGGCCUUUAACUCCAAGUGUAUCCAAGGAACGGCUGAAUGGGAAAGCGGACCGAGCAUCUCCCGCGGCCAAGGUCAGCAGGGCUUCUCGAUUACCCAGAUGCACAUCUCCACGAGUCGAGACAGCGAUCUGGAGUUUGUAUUUGGCAUGGAGGAUGGAUCCACCUGCAGACAGACCUCUCCUUGCAAUUCUGGUGGUUCCAUUAUCUCUAAUACCCAAUGUGGAGGUGCUACGCAGGUCAUUGUCAAGGUGCCGAAGCAUGAAAAAGAGGGCUGUGAUGUUGGUAUUCACAGUGUUAUCUUCGACUGCAACACUUCUCAAAAUACGACCCCACCGUCGCAGUCAUCCCCCAGCUCUUCCGCAACGGAUUCAUCUUCCCUGCCGGUUACCACCCUCGUCGAGGGUAGGCCAACUGGGAGCAAACCACCGAGUUUGAGUUCUCCAGUCCCUUCAUAUCCAUUGUCAAAUGCAACUACACCAUCCUCUACUCCAGGAUCUCCGACCGAGCCAACUUUGUCUUCCAGCGUCCCAAUGACGACGUCCACAAUCUUUUCAACUCAAACCUUCACAAUCACUUCCUGCAGCGAAGCUGUUACCGAUUGCCCCGCUGGAUCCACAGUCCUUACCACGUCGGCUGUCGCCGUCUCGACUACCAUUUGUCCUGUGUCCGAGGUUCCUACGUCCCCUCCACCUCCUUCCGGCGCCCCUGGUGAUGCUGUCCCAUCGUCCUCAACUCUAGCGGAGUCAACUCCGAGCGAGUCUUUACCAGCCGUUCCUUCAGAUACCCCUCCUGCGGUGCCACCGCAAUGUCCAGAUGUUCUCCCCAAAUGCAUGAACACCUGGAUGUUCAAGUCCGGCUGCAACGAUAAUACCGACUUCGACUGCUACUGCAAGAACCCGGAGUUUACCAAAUAUGUCAUUGAUUGUGUCAACUCAUGGGGCGUUGACGAGACGAUCAUCGCAAAAGCGUUGACGUUCCUUCAGGGAAUUUGCGCUGCACAAAUCCCCGAGAACCCUGGCAUCGUCACCGAUUGCCCGACAUAUAUCUCAACCGAACCAACUCCUGUACCAUCUUCACCAGCGCCUUCAGCCUUCACUCCCGAGCCCUCAGCGCAAUCAUCGACUCCUGGUUCGCCAGAGGUACCAUCCCAACCCACGGAGUCCGAUGUCAUCGCCACUGAGAUCGUUUCGACCACUCUUACCACCUGCCCCGCUGGCCAGACAGUGACCUCUGGGACAAUAACCAGAGUCCUUGAAACUCCAAGCGUCUCCACAAUCCUCAUCACGACGACAUCCACAAUCUGCACCAAAUGCACGGGGAGGCCCACUUCCCCUGAUGUUUCCCCCUCAACCACUCCCGGAGCCCCCAUCGUCCCCCCGGUACCCUCCCCACCUGGACCAGUCCCCCAAACCCCCAUGACGACCAUUUACAUCUCCACAACCGUCACCGUUCCCUGCUCCACCAACGGAACUCCCAUCCCCUCGUCCAGCACCACCUCCCUUCUCACCACCGUGGUGACUGUCCCCGCCAUCCAAUUCACCAUCGGCUCGAGCUCAAGCAUUAAUCUGGUGCCGGUUACCACUCCACCCGCUGCCGGGCCCGCCCAGCCUAAUCCCGGGAGGCCGGUUCAGUCCACUGUUGCGGGCUCGCUGCCUACAGCGUCGACGAUCGUGCCGCCCGUGCUUCAAACCACUUUGGGUACGCUGGUUACAGCCCCGAGAAGGACGACGACAGGUGCGUUGCCGGUGUUUACUGGGGGUGCGGAGAUGAAAACUGGGAAGAUUCUGGGGGUUAUGGCCGGUGGCGCGGUUGCGGCUUUGGUGUUCUAAGGAUGUGGAACUGAGGGGGUACGGAAUAUAUAAUGGACGAUAGGGGCCGUAUGCGUGUCAAAUAGGGGCUUUGGAUGAGGAGUUUGGAAGAAGCAAUAUAGGGAUAACAUAUAAUUGUCGGGGCAUAGUAAUUCUGAAGAUUAUAUUAUAUUGUAUACAUAUUAGCGAGUCAUUUUACAUCUCGUAAUUU